AUGUCUCUGGCACGCGUAAAGGGCGCCUCUGCCUCGCUCGAAGAUGUCUGUGACUCUGCCUACGUCGAAUCUCGGCUGCCCGCCAGCGAUUUCAUCAUGGGUAUCACUAUCGAUCCCCUGUCCAUCACGACCAACCUGACGUUCGGUUACACGGCCGACUUUGAGUGGUAUCCUACCACCACUAUCGACUACUGUAACCUCACUUUUGCCUACUCCCAUAAUGGCAUUGCUGGCGAUCAGGUUCACGUCUCAUAUUGGCUACCCGCGCCAUCCGACUUCAAGAACCGCUACCUUUCCACUGGUGGUGGUGGCUUUGCUAUCAACUCGGGCACCGAAUACAUCCCCAACGGCAUUAUUAACGGCGCUGUCUCGGGCAUCACGGACGGCGGUUUCGGUUCCUUUGACACGGAACUGGACGCUGCGUUUCUUCUGGACAAUGGCACGGUGAACUGGGAGGCAGCGUACAUGUUUGGCUACCAGGCUCAUCACGAACUGGCUCUGCUUGGCAAGGAGCUGACCAAGAACUUGUACAACGUCUCAUCUGGCACCAAGAUCUAUUCUUACUACCAAGGCUGCUCUGAAGGUGGCCGAGAAGGAUGGAGCCAAGUCCAGCGUUUCGCCGACCAGUUCGACGGCACUGUUAUGGGCGCACCUGCUUUCCGUUAUGGCCAGCAACAGGUCAACCACUUGACCAGCAAUAUCAUCCAGCAAACGCUAGGUUACUUUCCUCCUACCUGCGAGCUGGAAAAGAUUGCCAAUCUUACUAUGGAAGCUUGUGACGGCUUGGAUGGCCGCGUCGAUGGCAUUGUCUCCCGCUCCGACCUCUGUCUUCUCCACUUUGAUGUCAACAGUACCAUCGGAACUCCCUACUCGUGCGGCGUCAACACCAAUGACGCUUUUGGCUCCAUCCCCCACAUUGCGCAGAACGGAACAGUGACUGCUGAGGGAGCUGCAGUUGCCGCCGCCAUCUGGGCCGGACUGCACGACUCCGAGGGCCGUCUCGUCUACAUCAGCUACCAGCCCGGCACUAUCUUCUACGACGGCAUUACGGAGUUCGACGAGACUACGGGCGAGUGGGAGCCUGUUGUCAGCACCUUGGGUGGUCCCUGGGUGGCCGAGUUCCUUCAGCUGCGCGACGCCGACUCGAUCAGCCUCGACGAACUGUCCAACUAUACCGUGGAUACGCUGAAGGAUCUCAUGAUCUUUGGCAUGAACAAGUACGCCGAUUCUCUGCAGACUACGUACCCGGACCUCAGCGACUUCCAGGACGCCGGCAAGAAGGUGAUCCACUUGCACGGCGAGCAGGAUUUUUCAAUCCCGACGGGCUCGUCCGUGCAUUACUACGAAUCAGUCCGUAGCGUCAUGUACGGUGACCUAGGGUAUAAUGAGAGCGUGGCGGCCCUCGAUGAGUUCUAUCGUCUCUUCCUCAUCCCCGGCGCCGCCCACUGUAGUUCAAACGACUUCCAGCCCAAUGCUGCCUGGCCCGAGUCGACGCUGUCCACUAUCAUUGAGUGGGUUGAGAAUGGCGUCGCCCCAGCCACGCUCAACGGCACCGGUCUGAUCGAUCAGAUCUGCCGCUGGCCUCUGCGCCCGCUAUGGUCCAACAAUGGCACCUCGUUCGAAUGCGUUUACGACCAGGAAUCUUUGGACACCUGGAAGUACGAUUUCAACGCAUACAAAUUGCCGCUUUACUAA